GGCGAUUCCGUCAUAAUCAUCCGUCAAUCCGGCUUUCACCCACGAUCUAAUCGUCUGGGCGGCAGAGAUCACGUCAGUCCUGAGCCGCCGGAAAAUAUUCUCUCAUACUCGGCUGCCAUCGGCGGGACGUUGAGCACGUCAAAAGCCAUCUUUGCCAAUCGGGGAUAUUCGAAUCGGCGGUCCACCCAGUACUUGAUGGGGUCGGCCUUUGGGUCAAGGUAUCUGCCCUGGAUUGAGAGAAACCAACGAUCUAGGGAUGGCUCGCUCGUCCUCAUCAAGAUCCGA